GAGGCGGCUGAAGAAGCAGGCGUUGGCUAGCGCGUCUGUUUUGCUUGAUUUAAGACCCAAAACCGCUCCAGUUCCGACGCUACAUACCGUUGGCAGACCGCAAGCCGCCGUCCUCCGGGGCAGGGGUAGAUGGUGUGGUCAUGGCGGAGCGGCGUGUGGCGUGUACAUGGAAGAGACACAUCGCAGAGCAGCUCAGACAGCGGGAUAGAGUUCAACGCCAUGCCUUUGAAGAGAUCAUCCACCAAUAUAAUCGUCUGCUGGAGAAGUCCGACCUCCAGGCUGUCCUAUCGGAGCGAUACCAGGCGGACAAAUAUGACGUCCAGAGAGCUCAUGAACCCAGCCCGGGGUCAGACUCCAGCCGGACUGACGCUCUGCAGCAGGAAAUGGCCCAGAUGAGGAUCAAACACCAGGAGGAGCUCACAGAGCUGCACAAGAAGAGGGGCGAGCUGGCCCAGAGUGUGAUAGAGCUCAACAACCAGAUCCAACAGAAAGACAAGGAGAUCCAGAGUAACGAGGCCAAGAUGAUGGAGUACCAGCAGCAGAUCGCCAGCCUUGAGGGGGACUGUCGGGACCUGAGGGCCCAUCUGCAGGACCUGGAGAGAGCCAACCAGACGCUGAAGGACGAGUAUGAUGCCUUGCAGAUCACCUUCAGUGCCCUGGAGGAGAAGCUAAGGAAGACCACGGAGGACAACCAGGAGCUGGUGUCCCGCUGGAUGGCAGAGAAAGCCCAGGAGGCCAACAGACUUAACGCAGAGAAUGAAAAAGACUGCAGACGGAGACAGGCCAAGCUACAGAAGGAGCUGGCUGAUGCAGCCAAGGAGCCUCUUCCGAUUGACCAGGAUGAUGACAUUGAGGUCCUAGCAGAAGAAGCUGGGAAGGGAACUGGAGAGGCUUCACCAAACCGACUAGUCAGUCGCACCCCGAGUAAACGGAUUUCCCAGCCUCCCCCCGGCGGUCUGCUGGACUCCAUCUCUAACAUAUUUGGCGUGUCGGAGUGUGUCCAGCCUGGACUCCUCUCACCUCAUUCCAGUCGUCGAGCUGCCAACUCCUUCAGCACUUCCCCGGAGAACACGGACACGUCGUCUGGAGUGUGUGCGGAGGUCCGGGUUCCCUCCACGGCGCUGCAUGUGUUUGACGCCCAUGACGGAGAGGUGAACGCGGUGAGGUUCAGCCCUGGCUCACGGCUCCUGGCGACUGGAGGGAUGGAUCGCAGGGUGAAGCUGUGGGAGGUCCUAUCAGGGCGCUGUGAGCCUAAAGGAGCUCUGACUGGCAGUAAUGCAGGCAUCACCAGUAUUGAGUUCGACAGCGCUGGCUCAUACCUGCUGGCGGCCUCCAAUGACUUUGCCAGCAGAAUCUGGACAGUAGACGAUUACCGACUGCGGCACACUCUGACUGGACACAGCGGGAAGGUUCUGUCAGCUCGCUUCCUGUUGGACAACGCCCGCAUCGUCUCCGGCAGUUACGACCGUACCCUCAAACUGUGGGACCUACGUAGCAAAGUCUGUAUGAAGACGGUGUUUGCUGGCUCCAGCUGCAACGACAUCGUCUGCACGGAGCAGUGUGUCAUGAGCGGCCAUUUCGACAAGAAAGUUCGCUUCUGGGACAUUAGAGCUGAGAGUAUAGUCAGAGAGUUGGAGCUGCUGGGCAGAGUGACGUCUUUGGACCUGAACCACGACCGCACCGAGCUGCUGACCUGCUCCAGAGAUGACCUGGUUAAGAUCAUCGACCUGCGCACCAACGCUGUCAGACAGACCUUCAGCGCUGAGGGCUUUAAAUGCGGAGCGGAUUGGACUAGAGUCACCUUCAGUCCUGAUGGAAGUUAUGUGGCUGGAGGUUCUGCAGAUGGAGCACUGUACGUCUGGAAUGUUUUGACAGGGAAAGUGGACCGGACCCUGGAUAAGAGCCACAGCUCCGCCAUCAACUCUGUGGCCUGGUCUCCAUCUGGAGCAUACGUGGUGAGCGUCGAGAAAGGCAGCAAGGCUGUGCUGUGGUCCGACAUGUGAUCGACUUCUGUUGCGGUCGGAUGCUAUUGGCCGACUGGCAUUCUGGACUGUGGCGUUGAGGCACAGCCAUUGGCUGGGGGGGAGGGGGUUGUCCUUCAAAUCCUAAUGGGCAGGUCGGUGUGGUGUGUGUUGGGAUGUUGAACGUCUCCAGAGCGUCUGUCCCCGCCAGAGUUGUUUGUCGUGGAUGAAGAACUGGGCAGUAAAUGGCUUUCACUAGAUGCUGCGGUGUCCACUCUGAAUCUCCCGGUGAUCUCUGGUUUUGACCCAAAGUGGCGGCUAUGAGAGAAGGAAGGGAGGCUGUGAAGGAAACUAAUUCUCUUUAGAGUCCUGAUUUCACCAACGUCCAGGAGAGCUGGGGACUCGCCGUUCUGCCUUCGAUUCAAACAGCUGGUGGGGCUUUUUAAAACGGCGUGGAUUUAGUACGGUUUCCAUGUUUUAAUGUUAGAGAAUCGUGUCGUGUCCUGGCUGGUUUUAGUCCACUACGUCACUCUGAGCGCUUUCCUUCAUCCUGCAGUGUUGCUAAACUCACCCCGGGGAGAACAGCUAAUGCCCCAGACAGCCUGCUGGUUAAACUGGUCACCAUCGGUACAACGCUAGUAGAUGACCAGUAAGGUGGUCUAGUCUAGUCCACCAGCCAGAUAACCAGUAAUCUUGCAGAGACUCCUGUUAAAAUUCAGCCAACUUAUUGUUAAAGGAGAUGCUCUCCUUACUUUUGAGCCCGGACUUCAUUAAAAUGUCAUCUUGCGUCAUUUAAAAUUGUAAGGACAAAAACUUCACCGAUCGUUUCAGCACUGAGAGACCCCGCACUUCCCGAACCUUCUGUUUGGACGUCAACACAGUCCAACAGUCCAACACAGUCCAACAGUCCAACACAGUCCAACAGUCCAACACAGUCCAACAGGACAGGGGUUUUUUUUGGCGGAGGGGAUUCCCCCCCCUUUUUUCCCCUGCCCAAUUGUAUCUGGCCAAUCACCCCACUCUUCCAAGCCGUCCCGGUCUC